AACAAGCCUCACGCAAGGCUCCAGGCUUGACUGCAGUCGUUCGCUCGCGCUCGCGCUCAUGCAUAGCUGACAGUACACCUACGAGGCCAGUGACCACCAUGUUCCAUUGGCUCGCUGGUCAAAAGCAGCCGGAGAGUAUCCAAGACCCCGACUCGACUGGCUACCUCGAACCUCCCGAGACGCCCGCGCCGGUGUUUGCGGUGCGCGCCUUCAAGCAUGCGAUCUUCGGUACACCACAGACUACCCAGCCUAAACCGCGACGGCACUCGAACACCGACAGUACACGGCCACGGACGGUCGACUCCAAGCCCGCACGGCCGGGCCUGAGCAGACCUAAGAGUUCCAGUGAUGCCCAAGCUUUAGGCAAACCAAGAUUUGACGUGGUGGAUGAAGCGCUCGUCUCCCCUGCGAAAGGCAUAUUGCUAUCACCGGGAACGGCCGGCGGGAGGAAGAAGAAUGUGACCUUUGGCGAGAACGUAAAGGACUACGACACAAAAGGGUCUGCGAAGAGUGGCCUCCCUGAUGACUAUCCUGGAAAAUUUCCCAGUCCGUGGAAUGCGGAAUCAAGCGACGGAAAGACGCUGGCUGUAGGCGAGGGCAAAGGCCCCGGCCGCACCAAGCUUGUUGAGGCAUUUGAGCAGGCGCGCGAGGAGGCCAAGAAGCGCAAGAAUAGAUCCGCGAAGCGAAAGAUGGACGACGGCAGUGACAAUGAGACGACUGCGGAUUUUGCAAACCCCGAGUCUGACUCCGGGAAAUACUGGAAGCAUGAAUACGACAUCUACCGAGCAAACACCCAACGCGAGGUCAAGAAACUUAUCACCAAACAAAAAGCGGCCAAGAGUUUUGCGCACAUGAAGGACAAACAGUGCACCGAGCUGGCCGAUCAGCUCCUGCUCGAACAGAAGAAAGUCGCGACGGUGGAAGCAAAGUCUACAGAACUUGCCGAGCUUGUCAAGACACUCCAACACGAAUUGCGGUUAAGCCAAGCCGCAGAGAAGGCUCAUGCGUUGGAGAUCUCGCGACUGAGGUACCAAGCGCGGCCCGAAGAUUUUGCUUCCAGACCAGCUGAAUCGGUCGUGGCAACGCCAUCUGCUGUUGGGAGACCGGCACACUCGCGACGUCCUCAGGAGGAAGGUGCAGAACAGCGGCCCUCAGAGUUCUACACUCCAUUGGCAGUCUCACAGAACAGCGGAGCGGUCGCAAAGAAGCCAGUAGUGGCAAGCGACGAUAUAUGGGCGCAGUCCUUCCGGUCAACUACCGCAGCGACAUCUCGAGUGGCGGAGAAGUCGGUGAUUCGCGAGACGGCCGAGCAUGAGUCCGCAGAGAAUCCACUUCGAAGUCUGGACCUCAACCAAGUUCACAGUGGGCCGAAAGCGCCGCGGCCUGUGCCUUCAGAGAAGACCAACAUAGACGGAUCGGUCAGCGGAGGCCGACGCCACACAAGUCCACGUCAAGAAGCGGCGGAAGGCAGCGCCGUACAAACGGAGACCUCCACUCAUCCUCGGGCUACGGAGAGCAGGGGUGAUGAGCGCUUGACGGGCCGCGACGCAUCGAAGUUCCAGUCGGAGGUGAUAGUACCCCAGCGACGAGCAGCAAUGCACGCAACAGCGAUGGCAGAGGAGGCAAACAUGGAAAACGGUCAGGCGCGGGCGAGGUCGAAGGAGAAUGUAGCGCCGCAAACGACAAGAGGCGAGGGAGAGGAGAAACCGUCGGCGGUCUGGGGGUCCAUCAACUCCACUCAAGUUGGGAAGCGGAGCGCUGGCAUAACGGGCCGAGAUGGCAGGGAGGUGUCAUCGGAUCGCAUUGAAGCAGCGAGAGCGCGCAUUGCCGCACGAGGCCGGGCGGCGUGAUGAGGAGACAGAUGGCUCGUCCAUCAAUGGCCUUGAUUGCCCGUCGACCUGGCCACCGCACAUUCUUUGCGGUGGCAGACUUACCCAACGUAGUCAAGGUAGAUAUAUGAAGUUAUGACGUUCACUACAAACAACGGCGGCAUGAAGUCCAAAGAAGGCAGACGGGGUGAUGAAGGCAAUGUGGGAUGUACCUUAAGGUAGGUAGUGGUGAUGCAGGCAUGUGAAAGGGGGAAGGGAGGACCAAUGAGCGAGGGGCUGGCUUGGCGCGAGCCUCAGGCGCCGGGAGAAGUGCAGAUGCUGUGGAGGAUGGGAUGGGAUGGGUGACGGGAGGGAUGCAGAUGGCGGUGAAGGGGAUGGGAAUGUCAUGGGCAGUGAUUGCACGAAGUGGUG